AUGGUGUCCGACGAGAUUCCUAACGUUCAGUUGCCACUACGUAUCGUAGUUGCUGUACAAGCUGCUGAUUGGGGUAUAGGAUACAACGGUCAGCUGCCUUGGCCGCACAUUGCAGAAGACCUCGCCCACUUCAAGCGCGUUACCACGAGAAACUGUCGCAGCAGUGAAGACGAAUCCGCUGUCGUCGGUGGCAAACCAGCGGUCAUCAUGGGGCGUCACACCUGGCUGUCGAUACCACCAGAGCGUCGACCGCUGUCCGGUCGCUUGAACAUUGUGCUUACCCGACAGAAACCGAUCGUCAACGAGGCGAGCGACGCUUUCGCGGGCGCCUACCUAGCCAACAGUCUGAACGAGGCGUGCAGCUUGGCAGCACUGCAUGGUGCGCGGGUCGCGUAUGUCAUCGGCGGGGCUAGUGUCUUUCGAGAGACCCUCGCGCACCCGGCCUGUGAUCGCAUCUACUUGACGCGCAUUCGACGACUGGAUCCGCAGCGUGCGCCCUAUCCCUGUGACGUCUUCAUGCCAGCCAUACCUUCAGAUGAGUACGUAGAAGAUGGGCCUAGUAAUAAGCACUGCGUGUCGGUAUGUGUUGAUGAACGCGCUGAACAACUUGAAGUGGAGUUUUUGGUCUAUCGAAGACAGGAGCGGAUACCCAUGUCGCACAGCCCUGAACGUGAGCGGGUCGCAUCGGAUGCGAAACCGUCAUCGAAUACAAAAACUAUCGAACGGCCAGUGCUUGAGUGUAACCACGAAGAGCAGCAGUACCUCGACCUGGUUCGCUCAGUCAUCGGACACGGGUAUCGCAAGGCAGAUCGCACCGGCGUUGGUACGCUCUCGCUUUUCGGAGCCAUGAUGCGAUUCUCUUUGCGAAAUCAGUGCAUACCCUUGUUGACAACCAAGCGGGUUUUUUGGAGAGGUGUUGUCGAGGAGUUGCUGUGGUUUCUCCGCGGCAGCACCGAUGCUACGGAAUUAUCGGCUAGAGGAGUCCACAUUUGGGACGGGAACGCUUCCCGAGCGUUCUUGGACGCUCGAGGGCUCUCGCACCGUGCAGAGGGCGAUCUUGGUCCCGUAUACGGCUUCCAAUGGCGCCAUUUCGGGGCGAAGUACGUGGACUGCAAGACGGACUAUCGUAAUCAGGGCGUUGACCAGAUUCGCCAGAUCGUGGAGACGCUGAAGACAAACCCAGACGACCGCCGCAUGCUCUUGUGUGCGUGGAAUCCUCUCGCACUCCCCGAGAUGGCUUUACCGCCGUGCCACGUGCUCGCUCAGUUCUACGUUGCAAAUGGGGAACUCUCUUGUUUACUAUAUCAACGCUCUUGUGACCUCGGCCUGGGCGUCCCGUUUAACAUUGCAAGUUAUUCGCUACUGACUAUGAUGCUUGCACAUGUCACUGAUUUGCGCCCCGGUGAGUUGGUGCAUACCAUGGGCGACGUACACGUCUACCUUAACCAUGUUGAUGCGCUCAAGGUGCAGCUAGGUCGGCAACCAAGACCAUUUCCACAUAUCCGUUUCCGCCGGCCAGUUCGAGAUAUAGACGACUUUUGCACUGAUGACAUCGAAUUGAUUGGCUACUAUCCGCAUCAAACGCUCCGAAUGGAUAUGGCUGUGUAG